AUGGCAGAAGGAAUUAUUUCCGAUUUAGUUGCAAAAUCCUUGGUUUCCUUGGGUAAACCUGCCUUUAAAGAGGUUGUUUCUUGGUGGGGUGCUCGAGAUGAUCUAAAGAAGCUUGAAAAUACCAUGACUUUUAUCCAGGCUCGAGUUUGUGAUGCUGAGAGGCGCCAAGAAGGAGAGAAUAGUGAGCUGAUCAAGCUCUGGCUUCGGAAGCUGAAGCAAGUGCUGUACCGAGCUGAUGAUUUGUUUGAUCACGUCCUUACUCUUGACCGCCAGAAUAUGCGGGUUGAGAGGAGCACGCUGGCAAAGGUAAGCAUCCUAUUCUCAAAGUCUGGCCCCUUUUUCAAUAAUAGAAAAUUGGCUCAUGAGAUCAAGUCUAUAAGGAAAGAACUUGAUGCCAUCAAGUCAGAUAUGGAUGGCUUGAACUUGAGUGCUAACCUUGUAGCAGGACUGCCAUUGCCAAUGGAGCGUUUAAUAAGCAAUAGACAAACAGCAUCUUUUGUGAAAGUAGAAGAUGUCAUAGGAAGAGAAAAUGAUAAAAACAUUAUAAUUGGGAUGCUUUUUGAUCCCAAAUUUGAUGAUGGGAAAAGGAUUACUGUGAUUCCAAUUGUGGGGUUUGGGGGUCUCGGAAAAACAACUCUUGCUCAACUGAUUUUUAAUGAUGAGAUUAUUAGGAAACAUUUUCAUCUUACUGAAUGGGUCUGUGUGCCUGAGGUAGGUGAUCAAAAUACUAUAAUGAGGCGAGUUUACCAAUCCUUCACUGGUGAUAAGGAUUCUGAUAGACUCUUAGUUGGUCAGAUUAAAUCAGGCAUCCAAAAAUCUAUCAAAGAUAAGAAGUAUCUUCUUGUCUUAGAUGACAUAUGGGAUGAAAGUCGGGAUAGUUGGUUGGAUCUCCUUAAUUUGCUAGGAUGUGGUGCAAGUGGAAGUAGAGUAAUUGUUACAACACGCUCUGCUAAUGUUGCAAAAGUUGUUGGGACAACAGAAGCCCACAAUCUAGGACUCCUGACAACAGAGGAGUCUUGGAAUCUUUUCAAACAAUUUUCCUUUAACUUGAAACAAGAAGAGAGUAAUCCUAUUUUGACUAUAUUUGCGAAGGAGAUCGUUGAUAGCUGCGGAAAUGUUCCCCUUGCUAUCAGGGUUGUUGGAGGCCUUCUCUACUCUGUAAAUAGCGAGAAAGAGUGGCAACGAAUCAGAAAUGCUCGACUCUCAAAGACAAAGUUGAAGGAAGACAAUAACAUCAUGCAAGUGUUGAAGUUGAGUUAUGACUACUUGUCACCGCCAUUAAAGCAAUGCUUUGCUUACUGUUCAUUGUUUCCCAAGGACUAUUCUUAUUAUAAGAAUCAUUUGGUUAGAUUUUGGAUGGCGCAAGGAUAUUUUGAUCCAUCAAGUUCAGAGAUUGGAGAGCAAUACUAUAUGGAAUUGUUGGGAAGGAAUUUAUUUCAUAAUCCGGAAUUUAGUGAAGAAGGGAACAUUAUUUUCUGUGAAAUGCACGAUUUAGUGCAUGACUUGGCUCAAGAUAUAGCUGGUGAAGAGAUGAAGCUAUUGGUUGAGCCGUCAAACCUAAUAACUACUGAUGGAGUUAUGCAUGUGAGUGUUGAAGUUGAAUGGCUGGAAAAUGCUGGAUGGGAAGCUCCAGUGUCAUUGCUUGCUGCUAGGAAGUUGCGGUCCUUGAGGCUAUUUAGCUUCGAUUGGAUUAAUAAUACGAGUAUUAUAAAAGCAUCAUCUCUUGAAAUGAUGGUUUUGAAAUUUCAGUGUCUGCGCGUCUUAAACUUAAUGGGUAUGAAGAUCUUUGUGGUCCCUAAUACUGUAGGGAAGUUGAGACAUCUAAGAUACCUUAACCUUGCAUGGAAUGAUCGUAUCAGAAGUAUUCCAGAUGACGUAACAAGAUUAGAGAACCUGCAAACACGGACCUCUGUGGUUGCUUCCUACUGGAUAAGUUGCCAAGAGGUUUUGGCAAAUUGGCCAACUUGA